UCCCGUAUUUUUAUUUCUCGUUGUUUUCACAUUUCACCCAAAUUCCUUGCAAAUAAUUGCCAAAAAGGGAUAAAAAUCACUGUUAAAAUGAAAGUGAAAGUAAUUAGCAGGAAUCCUGAUGAUUACCUGCGUGAGACAAAGAAGGAUAUUCACAAAAUGCCCAGGAAUUAUGAUCCUUCCCUGCAUCCCUUUGAGGCUCCUCGUGAGUACGUGCAGGCAUUGAAUGCUACAAAGCUCGAGAGGGUGUUCGCCAAACCCUUCCUGGGCUGCUUGGAUGGUCACCGGGAUGGAGUUUCGUGCUUCAGUAAGCAUCCUUUGAGCCUCUCUUCGCUCAUCAGUGGUGGCUACGAUGGACAGAUUUGCGUGUGGAAUCUCUCAACAAGAACCAAUUUGCGGAGUUUCUAUGGGCAUGAGGGAUUUGUGCAUGGGAUUGCCUGCUUCCCAUCGGGGGAAUCUUUUAUCUCCGUUGGGAAUGACAAGACGAUAAAAUUCUGGAAGAAUGAAGCACCAGCUUUUGGGGAGGAAGAGGAGCCCUUCCAUACAAUUCUCAGUCGAACUGUUCUCAUGGGUGUCAGUCAUCAUCGGAAUGAAUCCCUUUUUGCUACUUGCGGGGAAGUUUGUCAGAUCUGGGAUGAAACACGGAAUGAGCCACUGAAGACACUGAAAUGGGGCGUUGAUUCCCUGCACGCAGUUGCCUUUAAUAAGGUUGAACGAUCCCUGUUGGCUUCCUGCGCAAGUGACAGGAGUAUCAUCCUGUACGAUCAGAGGGAGGCUAAACCUCUGAGGAAGGUCAUCAUGACAAUGAGACCGAAUAAAUUAGCCUGGAAUCCAAUGGAGGCGUUCACCUUCACAGUGGCCAAUGAGGAUUACAAUUUGUACACAUUUGACACGAGACGCCUGCAGAAUCCCGUAAAGAUCCACAAAGGGCACGUUUCAGCCGUCACAGAUGUAGACUACUCCCCCACAGGACAGGAAAUCGUUUCCGGAAGCUACGAUAAGACCAUCCGGAUUUACAGUGUCUUCAAGAACUUCUCCCGCGAUGUCUAUCACACGAAGAGGAUGCAACACAUCACCUGCAUUGGAUGGUCUCUGGACAAUAAGUACAUCUUCAGUGGAUCCGACGAGAUGAACAUCCGCAUGUGGAAGGCAAAGGCAGCUGAGAAGUUGGGGGCACUGCGGCCACGGGAAAAGAUGGCUUUCAGGCAGAAUGAGACCCUGAAGGAGAAGUACAGUGCUCAUCCACAGGUGAGACGCAUUGCCCAGCACCGGCAUGUCCCGCGGAAGAUUUUCAAUGAUCAACGCAAACUGACGGCUAUCCGGGAGAAGGAAGUUAAGAAGGAGCUCAACCGGAGGAAGCACUCCAAGCCAGGGAAGCACAAACAUAUUCCGGAGAAGAAGAAAGUUGUUAUUUCUGAGAAUAAAUAAAUUUUAUUGAAAAAA